AUAAUUUUCAUAACACAAAAUUCAUAUUCCCCAUUCUCAAAAACAAUCCAUGAGGGUAACCUAGUCAUAGAAAUGUUUUCUAACAAGAAACCUAGUAUAUACUAUGUGGUGGCUGGUGCUAAUUUUGAAUUAUAUAGCUUCUGAAUGCCUAAACCGUAUGAAGACUUAGAAUAGCUUUUGAAUCUUUUAUACCCCAAACGUGCAUAUUGCAUAAACUAUUUAUACCCUAAUUUAACAAUUUUCGAUCAGUAUCUGACGAUGGGAAAGAAGCAGAGGAUCAUCCUGCCUCCGGAGCUCCCGCCGGAGCCUUUGGAGGACGAAAUCGAAGUCUCCGACGAGGACUUACAGUUCGUCACCGAGAAUCGUGACUACGCCGGCUUUGUUUCCUCUCUUGACACCCAGUUGAUUACCAGGCAUGUUAGGCGAGUAGCUGAUGUUAAAGAAGAUGCUUUAGAGGCUUUAUAUGAGAAACGGUUAAAGAAAAAGUCACUCGAGAAUGACAACAAGGAGAGGAAGCUUCAAGUUGAUCCUGUAGAUGCCCUUCCCGUCAAGACCUUAGAUGGGAAACUUUACUAUAGAACAGUACCGAAGGCAUCAAACAAAUUUGAGGGCGUUCUGAGUGUAAAUGAAGCUGUUGGUGACGAUGAAGGUGAUGGUGUAGAUAAAAAUGUAGUAAAGCUUACAAAAGCAGAGAGAAGGGCAAAACUUAAAAAGAGUAAGAGAGAGGCAAAGAAACAGGCAAAGGACUUUGCUGAAAAGGAGGAAGUGCAACAAGCCUCUCAAGCAGAAGUGCUGGCUGAAGUGAAAGAAGAUCUCUCAGCUGAAGAGGCAUUGGAAAAAAAGAAGAGCAAGCUAGCAGAGCUGGGAAUGAUGCUGCUUCAAGAUCCAGAAUCUAAUAUUAGAUUUCUUAAGGAGAUGUUGCAAAUCUGUAAGGAUAAUGAUAGUGCUAUUGUCAAGCUUGGUCUGCUAUCUUUGUUGGCUGUUUUCAAAGACAUUCUUCCUGGCUACCGUAUUAGGUGUCCCACUGAAAAGGAGCAGGAGAUGACUGUUUCGAAGGCUGUUAAAAAGAUCCGGUUCUUUGAAUCCACUCUUUUGUCUGCUUACAAGGUCUACCUGCAGAAGUUGAUAGCCUUUGAAAAGCAGUCUGAAUUUCAUCAUGUGGCUAUCUGCUGUGUUUGCACUUUACUAGAUGCUGUUCCUCACUUCAAUUUUCGUGAAAGCUUGUUAGCCGUUGUUAUCAAGAACAUAGGAUCCCCAGAUGAUGUCACAAGGGAAUUUUGUUGUGCUACAGUUAAAUCACUUUUCUCCAAUGAGGGGAAACAUGGUGGUGAAGCUACAGUCGAGGCUGUUCAAAUGAUUGCAAAUCACGUGAAGGCUCAUGAUUGCCAAUUACACCCAGACUCCAUUGAGGUUUUCUUGUCUCUGUCAUUCAAUGAGGGCUUCAGGAAUCCUGAAAAAUCAAAUGAGAAUAGUAGGCUGAAAAACAAGAGAAGUAAGAGAAUGAAGAAUUUGGAGGAGCCAAGUCAGUUACAAGACAAUGACAAAAAGAGGAAUAGGCGAGAACAACUGACAAAGACUAGAGAGGAGGUCAAUGCCGAUUACAGAGCCGCUUCACUUGCCUCUGAUGUUAUGGAGCAGAAACAGAGGCAGUCAGAGACACUUUCUGCUGUAUUUCAGACAUACUUUCGCAUCUUAAAGCAUGCCGUGCAUCUUAUUUCUGUUAGGUCUGAAGUUAAUUCUAGUUUAUCCACUGCAGCAUCUGGGGCCCACCCGCUACUCACAGAAUGUCUGAAUGGAAUAGGAAAAUUUUCCCAUCUGAUUGACUUGGAUUUUAUGGGUGAUCUUAUGAAUUACCUGAAAAAGCUGGCUAAUUCUGGAAGUAAAUCUGAUGAUUCCUCUGAGGCAUUUUUGAGUCGUUUGACUGUAUCUGAACGCCUGCAAUGCUGCAUUGUUGCUUUCAAGGUUAUGAGGAACAAUCUUGAUGCCUUGAAUGUUGAUUUAAAGGAAUUCUUUGUGCAGCUUUACAAUCUCAUACUUGAGUACAGGCCUGGAAGAGAUCAGGGUGAAGUGUUAGCAGAAGCUCUUAAGUUGAUGCUGUGUGAAGAUAGACAACAUGACAUGCAAAGAACUGCCGCAUUCAUAAAACGCCUGGCUACUUGCUCAUUAUGCCUUGGAUCUGCAGAGUCAAUGGCUGCCUUGGUAACUGCAAGGCAUCUUCUUCAGAAGAAUGUGAAGUGUCGGAAUUUGUUAGAAAAUGAUGCUGGUGGUGGCUCGGUUUCUGGUUCAGUUGCAAAAUUUCAACCAUAUGCAUCAGACCCAAACCUAGCUGGUGCACUUGCUUCAGUACUUUGGGAGCUCAAUCUUCUAUCCAAGCAUUAUCACCCAGCUAUUUCAACAAUGGCUUCUGGAAUUUCAGGCAUGAGCACUUCCCACAACCAGGUUUCUCUCUCCUUCGUCUCUCCUCAACAAGCCUUUAUGGAGAUGUCACUUGAAAAAGAGUCAUUCUGCCUGAAGAAUCAUGGGAAAAAAUUGAAUCAAAAGAGGAAAAGAGAGCGUGCAUCGUUUGUUCCGACUAGUGUUGGGCCAACUCUAGUUAUGACGAAUCCAACGGAUGAAGAUGGGUUGAGAAACAAACUUUCUGACCAUUUCAGUCUUCUCCGGGACAUCAUGGAGAAUGAGAGAUUAAGGUAUGAAUUAGAUGGUACAAAUAUAUCCCUACAAUUGUACAAGGAGUACAAGAACCAAAAGAAAAUUAAGCAAUAGGGCUCUAUGCUAAGAAAAUUGAGAAAUUUUGGCUGUCCAGUGAUAAUUUUUACUAGGUAAGAUUUCGUAAGUAGGCUUUGUAGUGUCCUCCAUUUUGUAAAUUGUUUUGUAUCGAGUUCUUUGGAUCAAGAGUGCAAGCCCCAACCUGAGUGUUACUCUCAGACGUGUAAUUGGUUCAAGUGGAAACAACUUAUGACGCAGUGUCAAGGUUGUGCA